AUGGCGAGACCUGCGAAGCAAAUGCAAUUGAACCUCUUCGAGAAUGCAUCUCUUGGCACCAAUACAGCGAUCGGGCAAUGGAAGACUCCAGGUGACACUUCAAGGACCAAAGACCGGCUGGACUACUGGCGAUGGCUUGCACGACUGGCAGAGAAAGGCAAGUUUACCUCCAUCUUCGGCGGUGCAAACAUCGGCGCCAUGGAUCCUCUGGUCAUCGUGCCAGUCAUGGCCGCUGAGACGGAGUCGUUGUCCUUCGGCAUCACUGCAAGCACAUCCUACAUUGCACCCUACGCGCUGGCACGGACGUACUCCACCCUGGACCACAUGACGAACGGUCGCAUCGGGUGGAAUAUUGUGACCAGUCACAGUACUUCGGCGGCUCAGGCAUUCGGGAAGGAUGAGGUCGUGCCCCACGAUGAACGUUAUGCUGCAGCAGACGAGUAUAUGGACAUUGUGUAUUCGUUGUGGGAGAAGUCAUGGGAAGAUGGGGCCAUUCGUUGGCAGAACGAACCGGAAAUGGCCUUUGACCCAAGCAAGAUACACAACAUCAGUUACGAGGGCAAGUAUCACAGGAUGAACGGAACACACCAGACUCAUCCAUCUCCACAGAGGACUCCUCUUCUGUUCCAGGCAGGCGCGUCAAAGGCCGGUAUAGCGUUUGCCUCGAAACAUGCUGAGGGCAUAUUCUUUACCGCACCGACUCUAGAGGCUGCGAAGAAGUUUUCCUCGUCGAUCCGCUCAAAGGCCGCCGAGGAUGGUCGCGAUCCAUAUUCUAUCAAGCUGUUCCUCGGUAUCAUGCCCAUUAUUGGUCGAACGGAGGAAGAAGCACAAGCAAAGCUCGAAUCUUUCCGCGCACAGGUCAGCGUUCAGGGCGGCCUUGCAAGAUUCGGGAACUUCAGCACGGUCGACCUAAGUGGAGUGCCCCUGGACGAGGAAUUCAAGUUCGAGGGAGCUCACUACGCAAAUUCUAUUCAAGGCGUGGUCAAUAACAUCAAGCUCAUCUCUGAACAAGGCAAGUUCACACCACGCAUUGCCGGCGAAUUAUAUGCAUUCGGCGGCUCCAACCCGAGGCCUGUUGGCACACCAGAACAAAUUGCAGACUUCUUCGAGAAGUGGUGGAGGGAGGCUGACAUCGACGGCUUCAACGUCAACUACAUCUCGAGUCCUUCAAGUAUGGAGGAUCUUGUCGAACUGCUUGUUCCUGAACUUCAGAGACGAGGCAUCUACCGCAAGGAAUACCCGGUACCUGGUGGCACGGCACGAGAAAACAUGUAUGGUGAAAAAGGCCACAAUCUGCUCGGACCACAACAUUUCGGUGCGAGCUUUAGAUGGCCAGAGCCCACAGAGACCAUUGCUAGUGAUCAGGCUUAA